AUGACCAUGUUGCACUCGACCCACCCUCACUUCAUCCGCUGCAUCAUCCCCAACGAGAAGAAGAAGCAGUCUGGCAUGAUCGACGCCGCCCUGGUGCUCAAUCCAGCUUACCCGCAACGGUGUGUCCUCCGGAAGACCCGAAGACUUCCGCGGCUGCCGCUUGCCCGCAUUGUCAAGGAGAAGAAGCUGACUGACGGUAACUUCCGUGUCGGUCUCACGAAGCUGCAAAACACUAACCUAGUUAUCCAAUACCCAUCUGUUUUCAGGCCUUCUUCAAGGCCGGCCCAGAUCCGUGGAUACUACAGCCAGAUCGAGAUCAAGCAGCGUCGCAUCCGCUAUGAAGCCCUUGCCAUGCUCCAGCGCAACGUGCGCAACUGGAUCCAACUCCGCACCUGGGAAUGGUUCCGUCUCCUCGGAAAGGCUAUCAUAUCAACUGAUCGCAAUAACGAUGAUAUCGAGACCAAGGACAGGAUGAAGGAAGAUGGUGUCCGUGUCCAGAAGGAGAUUCCCAAGAACUCCUGGCGCAGCUUGAGAGCACCAAGGACGCUACCUGCCGUCUUGAGGGAGAAGAACAGGCUGCCUAGGAACUCCCUCAAGCACAAGAAGAACAUCGAAGGACACUGUGCCGAGCUCAAGAAGAACCAGCAGGACCUUGACCUGACCCUCCGCAAAUCCGAGGCCGAGAAGCAGAACAAGGAAUUACCAGAUCCGCGCCCCUUCAAGAUGAAAUGCGCCAGCAGGAUGAGAACAUCAGCAAGC